CACAGCAGUUACCUAGUUAUCCUGUGACAGUAUGAUAACAGAACAACGUGUGGGCCGCUCUCUCAACUUCUACAAAUUAUUACAAGCAUACAUCUAACUGCAGCCGUUGAUUGCAAAAACGUGUGGUUGAAGGUUUUUUGGUGGGAAGAAAGGAAAUGGCAACAUUGCCAUGCAAUGCUCAGUUGUUCAAGGACUAUUUUUACAAAGAUAAAUGGACUUGGGAUCCUAGCAACAGAUCAGAAGAUGUUGUUCUGUCCACAGAUAACACCGAGGCCUAUUUCUUCAUUGACGCCAUUAAGGGUAGCACAGGCACAGCAGGUGUCCGUGGUACACAAGGUUUUUCUGAGGGUGAAUAUUACUGGGAGGUGAAAUUCUUAGAAGCUGCUUGUGGGAACUCCAUCAUGAUUGGGGUGGGGACAGCUUCUGCCACACUUCAUAUGGGCAACGGCAAAUAUGUGGACUUGUUAGGUCAAGACGUGAACAGUUGGGGCUUGUCCUUCAGAGGAACCGUUCAUCACAAUGGACAGUCAAGAAAAUACUGCGAUCCUUUCUUCAGUUCUGGGACUGUAAUUGGGGUAUACCUCAAUCUAUAUACAGGUAUACUGUCUUUUUACAAGAACAGUGAACAUCUGGGCAUGGCAUUCACAAACUUGAACAAUGUGAAGAAACCUUUGUACCCUAUGAUAAGUGCAAACACACCUGAGAGUGAACUUGGACUGGUGGCUUCCUAUCACCAUUACUUGUCCUUAGAACAAAAAUGUUUCUGGACUGUUCACGACUGUUUAUCUAAUGCUAAAGAUGUUGACAGUCUGAUGCUGCCAAAUGUCAUGAAAAAUAAUCUGAGAGAAAUGUGGCAGUAUUGUCCUAAUUUGUAAAAAAUCUUCCAAGUGCCUGAAGUUGAACUCUUCCUAAGGCACACACAGUUAUUUUAUAAAUCGGUUGCAGUCACAGAGUUUGCACAAACAUAGCUUGAGAUGUUAUGUGACUGUGGCAAUAUAUACAUUUUUGGUUUUUACUUUAAGGGUGUUUAUCGGUGAGAUACGAGUACUUUCUCUCUGUAUGUAUGUCAAAUAAUAUGCUGUCUCAUGAUGUAUGCCUUAAACACCUCACAAACACUAGAUUUGUACUGGCAUUUAUUGCCAGAGUGACAGUAUUAUUUCUUAUAUAAAUGUUGACGGAGGCCAAUUUUUUUUCAAAAUAUGUUAAUUAUUGCUAUGUAUUUUUUAUAAAUUCCAUUCACUGGCGCCAUAUAUGCCAGGAUGAUUAUUUCUAUUAUAUGUCCUUUAUUUUUAUUUUAGAAUAAA